AUGACGGUGAGGAUGGGUGAGCUUGGGGUGGUGGGGAAUUCGGGGGGCGAUGCAGCGGCGGCGGCGGCGGAGCGUCUGCCUCUGGGGUGGAGGAUGGGUCCUCCGCCCGAUCUGGCGGAGAUCAGUGAAGAACGCCUCUCGGCGGCGGAGGAGGCGGCGGAGCAAGUGAUGAAUUGGGUGCACCCAACACUUGACUCAGAGGAGAAAAGACGUGACGUCAUUGACUUUGUUCAAGAACUCGUCAAAACUCGUCUUAACUGUGAGAUAAUAAAAAAUGAUGUAAUUUGGUACCUGCAGGUUGUCUCCUAUGGGUCAGUACCACUGAAGACAUACCUCCCAGAUGGGGAUAUAGAUCUAACGGUCCUAAAAAGACCUAAUUCUUCUGCUGCUGCUGGAACAUCUUCUUUACCACAAGAUGUUCUUGCUCUCUUACAAGAGCAACAGCAGUUACAAAACCCUAAUUUCCCUGUCAGAGACACCAACUUCAUCGAUGCUGAGGUACUUAAUUCAUUUUUUUGUGAGGUUCUUACUUACUUACUUAUAAAUCUACGACGGCAGGUGAAGCUUGUUAAAUGCAAUAUCUGCGACACGGUCAUCGACAUUUCCUUCAAUCAGCUAGGAGGAAUUUCCACGCUCUCUUUCCUCGAGCAGGUCGAUCGAUAUGUUGGGAGAGACCAUCUAUUUAAACGAAGCAUUAUUCUAGUGAAAACAUGGUGUUUUUACGAGAGCCGAAUUCUUGGCGCUCACCAUGGUUUACUUUCUACGUACGCGUUGGAGGCACUCGUUUUGUACAUAUUCAAUCAUUUCCAUUCAUCUUUUAACAGCCCUUUAGCGGCACUCUACAAAUUUGUGGAAUACUACAGUCAAUUCGACUGGGACAACUACUGCAUCAGUUUGAACGGCCCCGUUUGUAAAUCAUCGCUCCCGUAUAUAGUUGGUCAGCAUUUUUUUUCUUGUGCAGUGGGGAGGCCUGAAAAUGGAUGCGAUUAUCCGUUGCUUUGCGACGAAUUUCUCGAUUACUGCAUGGAAUUGUUUGCAGCUCCUUUGAAGGGUAUCGAUGCAAACCCGAAGCCUUUUCAGAGUAAACAUUUAAAUAUUAUCGACCCGCUCAAGGAGAAUAAUAAUCUCGGCCGCAGUGUUAGUCGUGGUGAGAAAUACCGUCACUGA